AGUUGGAGGAUGGACAUACUUUGUUUGACUAUGAUGUCGGGCUCAAUGAUAUUGUUCAAUUAAUGAUCCGUGUUAAUGUGCCUGAGGUGAAGGAUAUGUCAAAAACGCCCGUCAAAGAUGAACAAGAAACUGGUGAUAACGGAGUAGCAUCAGAUGAUGAUCAUAAUGUAAGAAUCUCCUCAGUAUACAAUUUUUACAAUUUUAUUAAAAGAAGAAAUGUUGAAUAACCCACCUGCAUUUAGCAAGGAUAUUCUAGGCGGGGGUUAUACACACAACAAAAUAUUAUAUAGAGGAAAAAAAUUACAUUGGCUAGGAAUAAUGUACAUAUAUAGUGAUUUUUUUGUUAUUUUCUUUUAGUAGAUAUAAAUUAUGUUUUACCAUUAGCGCGUAACAUAAUUAUUGCAUAGAAAUAUUCUAGGCUAUUUGCUAGUAUUUAGUAAAUUCAACUUACCAGUUUUCAAAAUGAUUUGUUAAAUUAAGAAACCGUAGAAGCUCUCCGCAUAAUAUGGGCGAGAUCAACAUAGUCAUCACAAGAAAUUAGGAUUUCCAGCAACAUUCGCUUACAUUUCUUUUUAAAUGUCGGUUCACUCAAAUUACGAAUUGAUAGAAGAAUCGGUAGAGUAUAGGCUUAGCUUCUUACAGGCCUCGGAAUUCAGGUCGGCUGCAAGUGCCAACCCGAUUGUGAUACCCCACCUAUCGUCAUGUCCGGAUGGCAAGAAAUUGCCAAUCUGCAAUUAAACUUUUCAAAUGAAAAGUCAGAACACAAGAAAUUAGGCAAUAUAUUCAUGCAUUUAUACAUAUUUAAACUUUAAAAGAGUGUCAGCAAAUUUCCGUUUCGUAAACGGUCAUUGUCACCAGUAAGGGUCGAAGGGUCGCUGUCGUCAAUUCACAUGAAACUCGAUAUUUCGCGUAAUUGCCACCACACGGGGGCAUUUGGUCAGACGUGUGCAACUUUGGCGCGUGUGCAAUAUACUACACGUGUUGUCUUGUCUAAAAUGGCGGAUGACGUCAAUCUCAGUGUGAAAGAUUUCGAUGAUCGCUUUGGUUCAGCUAUUACGAAAAUCAACUGCCGUUCAUUUUGGAAAGAUUUAUCACUACAACAGAAAGAAGAAAUUGAAACAAAAGCAUUGGAGAAGUUACUGAACUGACUGAAGACUGAUGUAAUCACCCCGCGUGGCGUGAAAAUUGUACAAUUACACACGCGUGACCUAUUGCCCCCGCGUGGCAGCAAUUGUGCGAGGCGUGAAAUAUCGAGUUUCAUGCGGAAUGAUGACGGCAACCUUUACUGGUGGCAAUGACCGUCAAAUGUCUUUGAUUAAUGGUACCCAUAAUCCAGCCAAUGUCAUUUCGAUGGAAUAUCGCGUACCCAAUAGUCGAGUCAAAUCACUAUAAGUACAUGGUCCUGAUCAAAGUAAUCGCAAUAGAUUUGUUUUCAGUGGUAAAGUGUGAGAAAAGUUGUUCUGAUUAACAUACUAAAAAUAAAAAAAAAUCCCUUCGGUGGAACAUGGUGAAAAUCGAGUUUUUCUUACUUCUGCCUAUAGAAAACCAUUGUGGACAGAAUGUUGAAAUUUUGAAAUCAUUUUUAGGCAAAUGUAACCUACAUUAUUGGAAAGCGUAGAAAAAACUAAAAUAUAGAUCAUUAAACAGUUACCUUGCUUUUGCCUAUCCAGCCGAAGUUAUACAAGAUUUAAAAUGCCAUAAAUUUGUAUUUUGUGCAAACUUUGCGCUAUUUUUCCAACUUUGAGCUAGAAUAACGAGAAACUGACCAGUAAAUUGAAUAUAACGGUUUAAUUGACCUUUAUAUAGUUUUGUUUAAGCUUUCCAAUAAUGUAGGUUACAUUUGCCUAAAAAUGAUUUUAAAAUUUCAACAUUCUGUCCACAAUGGUUUUCUAUAGGUAGAAGUAAGAUUUUCACCAUGUUCCACCGAAGGGAUUUUUUGGGAUUUUUAGUAUGUUAAUCAGAACACCUUCCCUCACAUUUUACCACCGAAAAAAAUUCUAUUGCAAUUUCUUUGACCUCUGGUCACAGAUUGACUGGACUACUACCAAAGUUUGAAACUGAAACAUGCAUUGAAUAUAUAGUCAGUAAUUUUCAAUAAUGCCCAAGCAUAAACACGUCACGUAAAUAAGGUUUAAUUCUGCUUAGCGAAUUAACGUAAUGGCGACGCUAAUCGGUUUGGACUUGUUUACAUUUUGCGUAUAAAUGUCGAAUAAUGUUUUCGCCCCGAAAGUUGCCUCUGGUUUAUACAUGUUGGCUACAACUAAAUUUUAUUGAGAACUAGAUCUAGAGUUUGCUGACCUGUCAUGUCGACCUGCUUUCAUUUCACAUCAGCAAAAUUUUGCCGACACCGCCUGAUUUUCUACUAAUCCCGCGACAAUACAUAGUUAAUAUUGAGUUUUAAAUAUUUUCUAUGCAUCACGGUCAAGAUCUCGAUUCGUGUGAUUGAUGUAUGUAUGUGUAUGUAAAACUUUAUUUAAUGACUCUAUACUUGUCAACAGUGACAGUUGAUUUCCACAAGGGGCGUCACUAGCACACGAGGGAUAUAUUUACAAAGUCAAAGAGAGAAAAACAUAAAUAUAUAGCUAUUUACAAGAGAUUUAUAAAAGGAAAUUAAAUUGGUGUGACCCGGUCGUAUAUUAAGAUCUAUAGUUGUUUCUAUCUAAAAAUGUGUACGUUUUUGAUAGAGUAAAUUGAUUGCGCGCUUCCUUAGCUUCGCGCGGAAGAUUAUUCCUCCUCGUGAAUAACUCUUUCAAAUUUGGUGCAUCACAAUCGUUCAGAAUUUUAUAUAAUAACGUUGCCUUACUCAUGCCUCGUCUCGAAUCUAAAUUUUCCCAUUGAAGAGCCCAAAGCAUGCACAUACCAUGAUAAUUAUCACUUAUUUACUGAGACCGAGGGAAACAGUGUGUUUUGUGGACUCGAGACCGUCGAUGUUUCCCGAGGCGAAGCCGAGGGAAACAUCGACGGUCGAGGGUCCACAAAACACACUGCUUUCCCGAGGUUUCAGUAAAUAAGUGUUUUAUUAUAUAUCAAUAGUCAAAGAAACAACAAAUUAAAGAACAAAUGAACGUAAAUACAUGAAAUAUUUUAUUGUUAAAACGUUAAAUUAAACACUGGCUAUACACUGCAGUUACUUGAAGCGAAAGUUUUAAUUACGUACUAGGAAUGUCCAAAGGUCGCAUCUUCACGUGAUGGCGCACGUGAAUUUUUUGUUAUUCGCCGGUCGAUAACGUAUUAUCUCCCUCUUGCGCUGUUGCGAGGGAGACAGCCUAAUUUCGUCACUCUCACGUGAUAUGUUCUCAACCAAUAAAACACUAGAAAAAUGCGACUUUGACUAUUGAUAUAUAAUAAUAUAUUAUGUUUUCACUUCAGAAUACAACUGAGAGUAAAGAUAACACUAGCGAUGAUGUCAAGGGAUUAUACAAGGUAAUCAGGCAAUUUAUUCAAUUGAUGUUUAAAUUUAUGAUAGAAACUUAGCAAUUUCUGGGCUUGUUUAUUGCGGAUUUCGAUUUAGCGUUUCAGACUUUCCGUUUCCGGUGAUUGUUUUUCCGUUAAAACGAACAAGUUGCUAAGGGCUUUCGCCAUUGUUGCUAAAGGCAAAAAGGCGCGAAUUUUAAUAUAAACAUGCAACGGUCGAGAACAUAGUAUAUCAUGUUUAUAUAUAGAUCAUGUAGUCAGCAGUACAGGAAGUUUUGUGAACGGAAAAGCUUUGUCAAAGGAAUUUAGAUCAUGCCUUCUCAAAUUCAUUAAUAAUUCAUGACAAUUCAGCCAAUGAUAAUCGCCUAUUUGAUCACAAGAUGCCAUUUGGAUAACCUGGUGAAACUUGAUGAAAGUCACUAGUGUUUUCAUCAAAUAUCUUAAUUACGCAUGCAAAAUUUAAUACUUGAAUAGAAUUCCUAAUUACGUUAUGCUUGGUUAAAAUCAGGUAUUCAAAUCAGCAAACGAAAACAUUCUGUUACGUCUCGAUUCAUUUGAGAAGCCAUAUAAACAACUCGAGCUCGUGUCUCACCGGGAUAUCCAAACACUCGAAAACAAUGUAUGAAAACACUCAACAAUGUAUGAAAACACUCGCGCUUCGCGCUCGUGUUUUCAUACAUUGUUUUCUCGUGUUUGGAUAUCCCGGUGAAACACUCGCUCUCGUUGUUCAUAUGUUACUUCAAGACUUUCUCAAAUAAAGUUGAUAUAGAAAUGUUCGGUUCAGACUGGGUGUAAACUGGUCUUUCAGUUAAUCAAAAUCUUCCUUGGUCGCAAAGGACAGAUUUUCUUGACACAAAUUAGCACGGAUAGCCCGCCUCAUACAAACAUUUCCUACAGUACCAUGAUAAUACUCUUGUUCCAUAUAAUUGUUCUAUACUACUUUAUUCGUUCAUUAUAAAAUAAACAAAUGCAAUAUGUACUGUUUUAAACACGCGUAGGAGUGUUUUAUCAUAUUUAAUCCGAUAAUGAGGACUGGACUAGAUUUCAAAUCCGCUCCAGAUUGCAAGUCCGAGGCGACACCGAGGACUGAAUCAAAAUCCGAGGAUUUGAAAUCUAGUCCAGUUCUCAUUGUCGGAUUUGAAAUGACAUCUCAUACGAAUAAAUCACUAUUUAAAGUGAGGUGAAUUAAUUUUGAUCCAAUCCUAGGACUGGAUCAGUAUACUUCACCUGGUAUCCAGUAUUAUCAUGUGAGCAAAAUAAAGCAAUACGGUUGGCUAAUUUACUCAUGAAUUAUUAAUGAGUUUGAGAUAUGAUAACAUACGACUACAAGUGUUUUGAAUAGCUUCAAACAUGAUUACAAUAGGUGCCGUCUCAUUAGUAUUCUUUAUACAUGUAUAAAGAAUUCUAAUUAGGAUGGAUUUUUAUAAGGUAUUGAAAACGCUAUACCAAUGAUAUCUGUACAAGUAUGAAAUUCGAUUAUCUGUUUCUUUACCAUUUUUCAAUAAAGAGUCUGUGAAGUUGCAAGUUCUAAGUCCGUAAUAAUGUUUAAGAAUGCGAUGUACGAGUUUAUGCUGUCUUGAUAAUCCUACGAACCUACAAUAACCCCGUUGUUGAUUUUUCUCAUUUACAAAAAGGCAAAAACAAGUGCAAACAAUAUCCACGGUUUACAUCAAACUACCAACAUUUUCCGACUGUUACCGAAUGUGCAACGAUUAAAUUUCGCCAAUUUACGAUUGUUUUGUUGAUAAUUUUUGCAAAUUCAAAGUUGUUAAUUCGUUAUUAAACCUACUCACAAUGAUUUCAUGUACAAAUACAGUUACCAGGAAAGAACAGAUUCUAAAAUAUGGAAAUUUAAAAGCAUUGGCUUGCAUAAUGCGAUGUGAAGACAAGGCUUAAUGUGCUAUUUGUUUGAAGUGGAAGUCAAGUACAUUCUGCGCAUCGGUUCUGCUCAUAACAAUGUGAGGAGUCUGAGGACCUCUAAUGUGAACUUUGCCCAAAUUUCGAAUGUUUCGAAUUUAUAUUCGACAUAAACUCUAUUUCAUAUUCAUUUAGAAGCAUAGCGAACCAAAAUGGUGUUAGAUAUUCAGACAGUACAUCAUACUUUAAAUUACUUCCACUUUAAAUAUCCACAUCCUGUAGUGAAUCAAUUCAAGAUUUUAGAUAUUUCUGUGACUGUUAUUUUAGCGUAAAAAACUAUAAUACUAUGAAAUAAAAUACAUUUGUAUUUAUUGAUAUUCACUGUCUACUCCUUCAUCAACUUACACCAAUGCCAUGCACAUACCCUUAUAUUCUAGCAACUACAUUGUCCAGCUGUCAGGAAUAAGCCAUUUUUAGUUGCCAUAUGAAACGUUAUUAUUUUUUCCAUGAGUUUUAAAUGUCGCAUACUAAAUGGUUGGAAAUUACGAAUUUAUCAUUUCCUCGUCACAAAUAAACAACUGCUAGUUUGUACAGUACUGUAAAAUCGCCGUUUGUACAUUUGUACAGUACUGUAAAGGCAUCGGUCACUAAUAAUGGGAGGGGAGCCGUCCCAAUCGCAAGACCUUUAUUUUCAGGAUGCCCCCACCUUCAUCUAGAAAAUUUGGGUCCACCCAACAUUUAAUUCGUUACAUUUUUUGGUGUAAAAUAGGUAAUGGGACAAGUACUGGUGUAAGACAUUGUGUAGCCUAAAUAAUUAGAGGACCAGUAUCCAAAAUGGUUGUUAUUUAUACUCCGACUCCUAUGGUGAACUGCAUGUACGUAAUAAACUAUGGAAACUAUACGAUUAUAGGAACUAAACUGGAGAUCCAAGGAUAGUGCAAUGUUUCAAAUUAAAAAAGACACUGCAAGUGUAUGGGGGCAUGACGUGCAUGGAAACGCUGUGUCUCAUUAAAAUCGUGUUGCUCUACACUGUAGGUUGGUGAUAAAGUAGACGCGAAAGACUGUGACAUGGGCGCUUGGUUUGAGGCAGAGAUUGUCGAACUUUCGAUGGACCGUAGUACUGAACCAACAACUGUACUUUAUCACGUCGUGUAUGAUGGGUAGGUCACAGCUUGUUUUAACGACUUUGUUUGUAAGGUUCUAUCACUCAAUUUACAACUGCUUUUUUUAGCUAUGAGGAAGAUGAAGUCUCCAAACUAAGUGAAAAAAAUGUCCGACCAAGAGCCAGUGUUAAACUGCCGUGGAACCAGGUAUAUAGCUGUAAGAAAGCUUUGGAUAUUGAUUAUAGGGCUACAACUACCUGAUAAAUACAAGGAGAAAUUCGACGUUUCGAGCGAAGGCCCUUAUCGCUGGCACUUGAUAAUAAUAGAGAUGAGAGGAUUAAUUGGAAAAUAUCAAUCGGCAAAAUCAACCAUUUUUGAAGUAUACAUGAUCAGUCGAUCAUUGGACUACGACCAUAGAUAUCUUAUAUACACUAGAUAGCGCAUCUCUUUUAGUAAAAUUGAAGCCAAGAAUAUUCCAGCGGUUACCCCCAUUUGCAUAGAUGGCGGCCAUAUUGGUCAUUCCCACUUGCUAAUAAACGCUUAAAAACGACAAUAACUUUCAUCAUUUGAAUAGUUUAAAAACGUAUUUGGAAUAGGGUUAACUUAAUGUUUAAGUUCCCUGUUUAAGAAUAGAAAACAUACGAAUCUUCUCAUUUCAUGGGAACGACCUGAGACUGCACUCACAGCUUCAAUUGUUGAAUUGCAGAAUAAUUAGAUGCACUAUCUAGUGUAUAUAAGAUAUCUAUGACUACGACCGGCCAACUUUCUGAAAGUAUACACUCGGAUGGCAUGUUUUGUUACAAGCUUCCAACUAUGUUGACAAAAAUGCAAAAUUUCAUAUUUGUUUUUCCCAAUAAUAAACUGCACCAUUAGAAAGGUCUCAAAAAAGUAUGUAUAAAACAUUAAAAUAAAGCGAGUAGUUGGCAAAAUAGUAACUUUUAGCAUGCAUAAACUAGCGUAUUUUCUUCAUUUUUGAACGUUAAAAACGGCUAUACGAAAAUCAUGCUACUCACUUAAAUGUCUUGUAUAUAUUUGCGAAGUUUCUACUAAUGAUAUAUAUACAUUUAUUUUUGUUAAAAAUAAACCCGAAAUUUUUGCAUUUUUGUCAACAUACUCUAAUAGUACUUUAAUAGGCAUAUUUAAAACUCAAAUUUCCGGCCAACAUAUCUAGUAUAUUCUUCAUAAAUGCAGAUAUACUCUAUGCAAAUGCCCGUUGGCAGCUUGUAACAGAAAAUGCCAUCAAACAAACUUUCGUGUACAUAUUCAGGUUUUGGCCGGCCCUCUACUUAACAAGUUUGAUUUAUGAAACAUGUUGAAAUCUUAGUUGCUUGUCAAUCUGCCACUGAAGGACAAUUUAAAAACUGGAGUUUGUUUUUAUUUUUUCUUUCCGUAAUGUUUGAUAUUUGACAAAAGCUGCGAUGAAUAUACCUUGCAGUUUUUUGUCAUUGAUUUUAUACAACAACUAUUUUCUGUUCUAUAUACUACUGUCUUGAAGGGCAUAUGACUCGAAAAUUGACGGGGUUUUUGUCUAAUUAGAAAGAUAAUUGAAAACUAUUUUUGUUUUCUUGUUUCGUUUUGGAGAUAUUUCAUUUUGUAUGAUAUGCAAAUGACCAAUUUUCUACGUCACACAUGCAUAAUGACUUACUUUAAAAUGUUAUAUAAUUUUGUCACUACCAAAUAAAUUCGCUCAAAAUGAAUGAUGAGCACGAGAUUUGUCCACAACAACACCCAUGUAGGUUUUCUGCUGAUUGUGUUUAGUCGUAUUAAAGAUAUACAGCUUCUAUGUCUAAAUCAUUAUGCAUAUGUGACGUAGGAAGUUGGUCCUUUGCAUAUCAUACAAAAUUAAAUAACUCCAAAACGAAGCAAGAAAACAAAAAUCUAUCAAGCAAGUUACUCUACACUUUUCAUGCAAUGAUCUUUCAAAUUAGACUAAAAAAUAACAAAGUUAAUUUUCGAGUCAUAUGCUCUUUAAUCUUCAGAGCUGCUACUAAUUUUACUAUACUAAAAUAUUUGUUUCAUGAUUUAGUUAUUUGUUGGUCAGAUAGUGAUGGCAAAUUAUAAUACAGACGAACCGAAAGAAAGAGGUUUUUGGUAUGACGUUAAAAUAACACGUAAAGUAAGUUACUUUCAUGAACGCUUAAACUUUUGCCUUUUUAGUGUGAAGUUUCUUCGAAACUUCACAGUAUUGUGAUGACUGGGGGAAAUUCAAACGAAACAGUCAGUCAUUCAUUCAUUCA